AUGAAUGAGAUGGAACGUAUUUCACCUGUGCUUAACGUAAAUGACGCCUAUUCUCCUAUUGAGAUUUCCACCUCACCGCAUGUACCAUCUCGUUUGCGUCGGGCUUCUGAAGGGGUACAUGAUGAAGAGAAGGAAGAAAAGAAGGAAAUGGACCGCCAGCAUUUGGAAUUAGAAGAGAUAAAAGAGGAAAAGAAUACAAAUAGCACUCAUGAGGGUCAAGAUAAUCAAAACCAAGAGAAUAGAGAUACGAAUACUCCUCCUCCUCCUCCUCAAAUGGCUGGAGGGAAUAUGCGUGUACGAACUCUUAGUAGUACUAGUAUUAGUGGUGGUAUUCCAGAUGAGACGAUUUCAGCAUUAACAAUGACUGGUUGUAAACACACACAGCAGCAAAGUACAAUAUUACAUUUAGGCACCUCAUCUGAAGUGAUAUCCCCUACUUUACAGUAUGAUAAAAAUAACAUGAGAUAUCAAGUACCAUCAUCUCAGAAUGUUGAUAAUAAUGAUAAUGAUAAUAAUGUUAGUAGUAGUCAUAAUGUCACGAACAAUAAAAAACAAUUAGAAAAGAAUAUUAUGGAUACGAGUAGUGGUGGAAGAAAAAAUAAUCCUCAAAAUGUUUCUGGGAGACGUGCUCAAGAAACUGAUUCCACAGAUAUUCCACCUAAAAUUUCAACUCCAAGCAGACGUCUUGUUGAUGAAAAGUCCGGUGGUUGUUCAGGUUUCUGUGGGCCUAGGUUAAAUGUAUCGUUUUUACAUGGAUUUCGUGAUCUCUUUGGAGGGAAGAAAAAGAAAAAGAAAAAUGCUCAUGAGGUAUCAAAUAGAGCUGCACAGAGUACUCGUGAGGCGAAAGUAGAAGAAGAAGAAGAAGGAGCAGCAGCAACAACAACAACAGGAAAAACAACAAAAGCAAGAGAAACAGCAGCAGCAGCAGCAGCAGCAGCAGCAGCAGAUGCAAAUGCAGAAGGAAAACCUUUGGAUCUUUCACGAGCUUUGCCUGGUACUACUAACGCUAUUCUUUCUUCUACUACUAGUUCUACAAAUGUGGAGAAUGCGGAUUUUCCUCAGGUUGUCUCUGACAGAGAAUCCCUGCGACAAGAGCAGAAGGAGAAACAACAUCGUUAUCACGAUAUAAGUCUACCACCUGAUUCUACAAUAGAUCAUUGGUCAGAAGAUGAACAGUUUGUUGAGGAAUUGGAGAAUGGGUAUGGAAUGCAUAUAAAUAGUGAGAAUGGAGGAUAUGAGGAUGAUGAUGAUGAUAAUGAUGAUUUAGCAAUAGAAGCUAUGGCACGAGAAGCAGGAAUGAUGGAACCAGAAGAAAAAGAAGAAAAGGGGGAAAAAGAAGAAAAAGGAGAAAUGAUUCCAACUCUUUAUUCUUUGCCACCCUCUCCGCAUCAUCCUGCAGGAUUAGUAGACAGUGAAGAAGAUAAGUUAACUCCAAAACCACGUAGAAAACGCAUAUCACCUGGACGACUCUCUGAAUUGAAAUAUAAGAAUGUUAUUAAUGCUAGCAUCCAUAGUAGCUCUUCAUUAUGUUUUCUCGUCGAAGAAGAAGAAGAAGAAGAAGAAGAGGAAAACAGUGACGUUGUUAAUAAUAAUAAUAAUAACGAUAAUAAUAAUAAUGAAUGUGAUAGCGAAGGGGAAGUAAAAACGUCGGAUAAUAUAAAACAAACAGAAACAGCAACUGGCACUCUUGUACAUAAUGCCAACAAUGAAGUUGUUCCUAAAGCGAGUAAGCGAUCCACUCCAUCUGUAUCCAUCACAACAUCUUCAGCUCUCUUACCAUCCUCACCAUCACUACAACAGAGACGUAGUCAUAGUGCAACGCUUCCACGGAAAGAAACAAAAAGAACGAACUCAACACCUCAUUUUGUACGUGAGAACUACACAGGUGAUGUACAAGGAAGAUAUUAUGAUCAUAACGGUAAUAACAACAAUUACAGUAAUCAUAAUAAUAAUAAUAAUAAUAAUAAUAAUAAUAAUAAUCAUAAUCAUAAUAAUAAUAAUAAUGGGAGUAGAAGUAAAAGCAGAAGCGUUAGGUCUUCACGUACGGCAUCCGUUACAGCUCUCUCAUCACCUCAACGAAAUACACUGAUGAAGAAUAGAAAGGCAACGCCAGAGGAUAAGAAAAAGAGUAAUAAUAGUAAUUAUAAUUAUAAUAAUAAUAAGAGAGAGCAGAGAUCGAACUCGUCAGGUGUACUCAUCACUGCAUCGGCAAGAUCAUCAUCCGUGUCUGCAAAAGGAAGGACAACCACAUCAUCACAUGUAGGCUCUACUUUUUUUCGUCCAUCUUCUUCAUCGGAGCUAAGAGCAAAACAGAAACAACGACAACAGCAGCAACAAAAAGAGGAAGAGAAGAAGAAAGGGAAUAUAAAGGAAGAGAAUGAAGGACAUAAGAAGGAAUCAAAAUUUACUCGUUUGGUGCGAAGAGGAACAAGUAACAAGAAAACUGGAGUUUCCAUAACACGGUCAUUCCAUCAGGAUGGAAAUCAUUAUCCAAAACAUCAUUCCCACUCUGUGAAUAGUACUUGCAAUAGUAAUGGUAAUGGUAGUAAUAGUAAUAAUAACGGAGGCGGAGGUGGAGGUUCGUAUGUGCAAUUAGCAGCGAAAAGACGUGAAUACUUGAAUGCCGCAAUGGAUCUUACCAACAGUUAUACCGGUUCACAUGAUGGUAGUGCUCCAACUUUCUCUAACUAUCCAUUUAGUAGUAGUACUACUAGUCGUAAGAUCUCACGACGACGACAACAACAACAACAACAUGUAGGAGAUGAUAUAAUGGAAAUAUUUACAUCUGCACAGAGACAUCAUAGUCCUAGUAAACAUCGCGGGUACGUUGAGUCCCUGAUAUCAUCAAAGGGCAACAAUAAUAAUAAUAAUAAUAGUAAUAGUAGUAGUAAUAACUUCUAUUCACGUUGUAUUUCCCGUGCUGGUCUCACAUGGCGUGAGUUUAAAGCACGUUUUUAUGAUAAUGAGGGAAAUGCGAAUUCUAUAAACACAACCACAGCGACAGCAGGUUCUACAAUUGGUAUUAGAGAACCAACAUCCGAAACACAAGAGCAAUAUUUGCGUAGAGAAGAAAAAGAACUCUCUACACUUGCGGCAUGUGUACGUCCCUCAUGUGCUGCCUGUGGUCCAGAUGCUCAUGAGUUAUUUCUAUUAGGACUAUUAGCCGGUGAUAAAAAGGGAACUGUACUUGUUAACCCUAUACGUGAGGAAUUAUACGAACCUCCACCUCCACCUCCACCACCAUUACCAACACUUCCACCUGUAGCCACUGUUGUUGUUUCUCCAUCAUGUGGACAACGAGAAACUAUUACUGUGAGUACUCCACCGUGUGGAUCAGUUCCCUCCUUAUCUUUACACUCACAGGAAGUGGAUUGCGGCAGUCCAGUAGAAACUCACGUGGUGGAAUCUUUGGAUCAUACUGCCACUCCCAAUGUGGAGGAGGUGAAUACAUUAGCGGUAGUGGGGGAAGAUCCAAAAGAAUCUGAAGAAAAAGAGGAAGAGGAAGAAGAAGAGGGAGAUGAAUAUGUAUUUGAUGAGAUUGAAAGUAAUACCCACUUGGGUCUAUACUCAUCACAUGUGAGUAAGGCUGCUUUAAAUAAUUCCCAUGUUGCUACAGUUUCUACUCCUUUUAAUAUUCCAGUUUCUGCAGCUGAUGUUCCAAGAUCUUCUUCCUCUAAUUAUCGUACGAAUUCCAAUGAUAAUUGUAAAGAACAUGAUGUUCACAAUGAUGAAGAUGAUUCUUCUUAUUAUUAUUAUCAUCAUCAUGAUCAAGAAGAAAAAAACGAACGACAACAAAAAGAUGAAUAUUCACAAACAUGUAAUGAUGAAAAAGAAGAAACACCAGAGGUAAAAUCUAUGGGGGAAAUCCCUGAAAUGGAGAAAUAUAUGGGAGUAGACCCUAAAGUGAUUGCUGAGAAACUAGAUGAGUUGGAUGCGAUGCUUGCCCAUCGCUUUCCUUCUCUCUUCCAAACUCCAUCGAAUGAUGAAAAGGGAAAUCUCACUGAAAACUUUAAGAGUAGUGAAAAGAAUACUAACAACCGCUAUAAUGGUGUUACUCGUCUAGGAGCAGCAGGUGUUGUAGGAGGUAGUAGUAAUCGUAUGAGUAGUGGUACUGGUGGUAAUAUUGGUAAUAGUGUUAGCGGAAAGAUAAAAUCUACUGAAAAUCACGUAUUGCCAUUAUCAUCUGUUGCUGUUAUGGAUGAUGAUAAUGAUGAUGAUGAUAUUCAUAGUCAUAGUACCAGAAGUACUCUCACUAGAUUUAGAAAUAGAAGUAACAGUAAUAGUACUUGUGGAAUAAGAGAUACCACAAGUACUCGUCAUCCUAGUAUUAAUGAAUGUGAUGGAGUUGAGACGACGACAAUGAUGAUGACGACAACAGUAGCGGAGGCCUCACCAGCACUACCAGCAACGAGUGAUAAAGAUAUGGAUAUACACAGAGAUGAAAAAGAAAUAACGAAGAAAGAGAAUUGUAUGAAAAAUGUGGAUGGGACACUUGAAGCCUGGUUGGAAGAGCGGCGGCGAUUGGAGGAGAAGUUAAUAGCUGUUUCAGCAGAGCGGAAUCUGUUGGCAGAUCAACUUCGUAUAUGUAAUUUAUAUGAUACAGUGAAAAAAAGUAAUUUAAAUGAUGGGAAGAAGACGAUGGAAAAAGAGAGAAAAGUUUAG